AUGCACAGAGCAAGCAGCUGCCAAUGGAGUCGUGCACUCUGUCGGCGCAUUGUCAGGGACAAUUCUUCAAAGUCUCUUAACCAAUGCAAGAGAUCAAGAAAGGAUACAAUCAAUGACUGUGAUUUGGUCUCUAGAAGUGAUGAUGGAGUUGAAAGGAGAAUAAAGGACUUGCAGAGGUUGGUGCCCGGGGGAGGGGAGAUGGAGGUUGAUGAUCUGUUUGAGGAGACUGCGGACUACAUUGAGGCAUUGAAAGGGCAAGUCAAUUUGAUGAGAGCUUUAACAGAGGUUCUUGAUGGAGCGUCUAGAGAGAGAAGGACGAUGGGCGGGUGA